UAAAAGUAAUGAGCUAAGCAUAUUGUUAUUGCCAUCCGAAAAAAUUAUAGGAGAGCGUGGGGAGAAAUCUAAAAGUUGCAGAGGAACAGAAUCUGCAAAAGCAUCAGAAGCACAUCUAAAGUCAUUAUCCAAUGGAAGUAGCAGAGGAACAGAAACUGCAAAAGCAUCAGAAGCACUUCGUCCUCGUCCACGGCGCAUGCCACGGUGCGUGGGCUUGGUUCAAGCUGAAGCCCCGCCUCGAGUCAGCAGGCCUCCGGGUCACGGUGCUCGACCUUGCAGCCUCCGGCACCGACCCCAGGUCCAUACAUGAGGUCUACACUUUCAAGGAGUACACACAGCCACUGCUUGAUUUUCUACAGGCUGCGGUUCCUCCGGCUGAGAGCGUGGUGCUGGUGGGCCACAGCCUCGGCGGCCUAAGCCUGGCUCUCGCCGCAGACAUGUUCGCUGACAAGGUGUCGGUUGCCGUGUUCCUCACAGCCUUCGUCCCCGAUACCAUACACAGGCCAUCAUAUGUCCUAGACCAGUACGUGGCCACGGCUCCAAAAGAAAGAUGGCUUGACACUCAAUUCCGGCCUUACCAGAAUGGGGAGAAACAAGGAACAUCGAUGUUCUUCGGACCCAUGUUCUUGUCCUCGAAGUUAUAUCAAUUGUCUUCGGUCGAGGAUCUCGAGCUCAGUAAGAUAUUGGCAAGGCCAGGAUCACUGUUCAUGGAUGACCUGUCCCGCCAACAGAAGUUUUCUGAAGAAGGGUAUGGGUCAGUUACGCGAGUUUACAUCAUGUGCGGCGAGGAUAAAGCGAUCCCCGUGGACUUCCAGCGUUGGAUGAUUCAAAACAGCGGAAUCGAAAAUGUUCUCGAGAUCGGUGGUGCGGAUCAUAUGCCAUUGUUCUCCAAGCCCCAAGAGCUUUGUGAAUGCCUCUUAGAAAUAGCAAACAGAUAUGCUUGAGGGCUUAUUUAUAUGCUUAAGUUGUUUCUCAACUGUGUGAAGGUACUAUUUGCCGGUUUCAUAGUA